AUGGCGUUUGCUGGGACAAAUGUCAGUUUGUCCCAGCCGGAUAUAACGCAAAAACUGACGGAGCGCAUAGAUGAUCUGAAGCAGAGAAUCGCUGCUUGGGGAAAGCGGAUUCGGCGAUAUACCGAGAGGUCGACACGGUUCAACCAGAAUCGUCUCUUCCAGAGUGAUCAGAAGAGGCUCUAUGAAUCAUUGGAGCGACCAAUGGUAAGUGGAACGGGUCCAGCACCGAAUCAGGCCGACACUGUAGCAUUCUGGCGCGGCCUGUGGUCAGAGCCCGUAAACCACAGCGAGGGCCCUUGGACGGAAGUUGUGGCGAGUCAGUGUGCGGGUAUUACGCCCAUGGACCCCGUCAUCAUAACGCCGGAUGACGUAGCUGAGGCGGUUCGUAGGGCCCCGAACUGGAAAAGUCCGGGGCUUGACGGGCUGCAUCACUACUGGCUGAAGGGGUUCAUGGUGUGUCACUCUGUGCUCGCCCGACAGUUUCAAGAGGCUCUCAACCAGAAGUCGCUCCCAAGCCUCUUCACUACUGGGAUCACUCAUUUAGUUCCUAAAGACCAGGAGCUGGAGCCAUCUCUAUCCGUCACUGAGCAAAACCUGGCAGACCAAGUUCGGUACAUCCUGCGCUCCAACAUAUUUGGUGACGCCGAACUCGAACGACUACGACGUGAGGCUGUUCCCUCAUCGGAUGGAAAUGCUACGGCUGGGAAUGCGGCGCCACUAAUUGCGCAGCAAACUGCAAAUGUGGACGCUGCCGUCAAUAUUCCAUUUGUGGUUGAUUCAGACGAUAAUGGAAUAGUCCCCCACGAACUAGAGAAAAUGAGGAGCAUACUAGAAGAGUCGAUGCUGGAAACGCGCAGCAUGGCUCUCGAAAACCGCGACUUCCCCGCAUACCCCUUAGCAAGCGAAAUCGGGCUGUCGUGCGGGCUCUUAACCCAAUGCUGGUGA